AUGCCUUGGCUGUCAAGCGGAUCGCCAUCUCCUCAGGGAUCACCCCGGAUGUCAUCGCCGCCCCAGACAUCCGCGGAACCGUCCAUCACCUAUGUCCCGCCGCUCAUCGACGGUGCGUGUGGCUCCCUGCCCCAGGCGUACCAGUCGCCAAUAUCCCUGCUCCGGAGCGAUGCUCGGCGUUUCGUCCGCCGUAUGCCCGCCGUCGCCCGGGCCGGCUGGACAAACUACAAUGCCCGCCGCAAGACGACAUCGUGGCGAGACAUGGGUGAAACUGCCCUUCAGAUGAUCGUGUCCGGCAUCGAGAUCUACACUCUGGUAUCUAUAGUGCCGCUUUGGCUCUGCCUACCUGGGGCCUUGUUCUGUGCAUGGCUUGCCUUGUGCAUGGUACUGGUGAUGGGUAUUUGCCGUAUGCUCAAUGCCGACGACGAGGUCAUUCGGCAUUCUGCCAGCGCCGCAAACAGGCCUGAAGCCUUCUCGAUGGGGCCUGAGUUGGAAGAGGAGCGCUGGAUCUUCAUUGGGGGAAUGGGAACUAGUUCACGAACCUUGGCCAAGUCGACGUUACCCAAGGUGUCGAAAAUCUUCAAUCGCCCCAUCACUGCCGUCCAGAUGUACACUUGGGGCCUUCCCUUUGAUGUUCUCGCCAUGAUGGUCCAGCGGUCAUUUGGUCUCUCGAACAGUGCGUCCCAAACUUUGUACAACCAGCUUCGCGUCGCCCUCCUGGACACAAGACUGCACCGCGUGGUUGUCCUUGCUCACAACCAGGGCGCCGUCACUACGUCUCAGAUCCUCUCUCGGCUGUACGCCGACGUACCCAGUGAGAAGCUCGCCCGUCUUGAGAUUUACACGUUCGGGUCGCUCGCUAGUGAGUUUGUGAUCCCGGUUGGCGAACCGAAGCCGGCCAAAGAGCAAAACGGACAGCACGACUUCGUUCCCGAACGGCGGGAGCCGCAUAUUGAGCACUUUGCUCAUGCCAGUGAUCCGUGGGCUCAGCUUGGUGUUAUCCGCAGCGUCAAAGAAGACCUCGAAGGUCGAUACUGUGGAGGCGUCUUCGUCAUCAAUAAUUACAAUGGCAAGAGCACCUCCAGCAAGAAAGCACUGGUCCCCGCUAUGCAGCUCGACGACUACCUCACAUGUCUCUUCCCGACACCAGCAAAGCAGCAACUGCCUUUCCAACAGCCGCCAUCGCCCAUCUCGGCUCCCGGGUCCCCGCUGUCGCCACCCCCGCCCCCGACACCGGGCGUCACGGGCAUGCCGGGCUUCACUUCGAUGACUGGUCCUCGCAGCAUCUUGGACUCCAUCAUGGUCAUCGACCGUGAGGUUGCCGAAAAACGCGAGUUCACCGCCAUGGCUAACCAUCCCUUACUGACGCGCGGCGGCAAGGACAAAAAGAAGCGUCUUAGCUGGACGGGUCUUGGCGCCAUGGCCGGCGGACGGAACGGCAUCAUGGACGGCGUUCGCGGCCUCGAGAUGGCGCGCAAAGGCUGCAAGGACUGCGACGGCCAUCGGGGCCGCGAGGUCAGCUGGCUCGUGCGUUAUGUCAACAUCAGCCAGUACAUGAUGGAUGCCAAGGACGUGAUGGGCAUGCGCUCCGAGUCGCCUGCCAUGACACGGAUGAAGUGA